GUGAUUCAAUGGUUGUCUUUUAAUUUCCCUUUUUAAUUUUAUUUUCCAAUCCACACAAUGGAUUUCCAAGAAUAUCAACAAAGAGUGAUGGCUCUGGAGAGCCUGAUACGCGAUCAUUCGGGCAAUGGAAACAUCGAAUGUCUCUUGGACACCUUGAUCGCCCUCGUCUCCGACUGCGAUCACGAAUCCAUCAAAAAAAUCAAAAAUUUCGAGUCAUACUUCAAUCGCUACCAACCAAUUGCCAAGGAACUCGACGAAUUACGGAUGAAGCCCGAUGACUUCGACUUGAUCAAAGUAAUUGGUCGCGGGGCAUUCGGCGAAGUGCAAUUAGUGCGUCACAAAUCGUCGCGCCAAGUAUUUGCGAUGAAAAAAUUGUCAAAAUUCGAGAUGAUAAAACGCCCGGAUUCGGCUUUCUUUUGGGAGGAACGUUACAUCAUGGCACACGCGAAUUCCGAGUGGAUUGUUCGUCUCCAUUUCGCGUUUCAAGAUGCCAAAUAUCUCUACAUGGUCAUGGAUUACAUGCCGGGCGGCGAUAUUGUCAGUUUAAUUUCAAUGUACGAAAUUCCCGAGAAAUGGGCGAUUUUUUACACGAUGGAAGUCGUUUUAGCCCUCGAUACGAUCCACAAUAUGGGCUUUGUGCAUCGCGACGUGAAGCCCGAUAACAUGCUUUUGGACAAAUAUGGGCACUUGAAACUCGCGGAUUUCGGCACUUGUAUCCGGAUGAACGCAGAUGGCUUGGUAAGGAGCAACAAUGCCGUCGGAACUCCCGAUUACAUCAGUCCGGAAGUGCUUCAGAGUCAAAGUGGCGAAGGCGAAUACGGGCGAGAAUGCGAUUGGUGGAGCGUUGGGAUAUUUUUAUACGAAAUUUUGGUCGGCGAUACGCCUUUUUACGCAGACAGCUUAGUCGGCACCUAUGGCAAGAUCAUGGAUCACAAAAAUAAUUUGAAAUUUCCGCCCGAUUUGGACAUUAGCGAAAAUGCCAAAAGUUUAAUUAAGGGAUUUCUCACGGAUCGCGAUCACAGACUCGGCAGAAAUAACGUCGACGAGAUCAAAGCGCACAAAUUUUUCGUCAACGAUCAAUGGACCUUUGAAAAUUUGCGGGAAAGUGUCCCGCCAGUGGUCCCAGAGCUCUCAGGGGAUGACGACACACGAAAUUUUGAGGAUAUUGAGACGACCCAACCCACGGAAGAGAAUUUUCCGGUACCAAAAGCCUUCGCCGGGAACCAUUUACCGUUCGUGGGCUUCACUUAUAUGGGCGAAUAUUCCGUUUUAGGCACGAAUUCCGCGGAAAAUGAGAUCGACAACACCGACGGCAAAAAAAUCGUGAAACAUCCGCAUCGGAUUUCCAAUUCCGCGGACAUUUCCCGCCUCGAGAAGAUGCUGCAAAGGGAAAGAGCGAACGUGGAAAUGCUCGAAAAGCAUGAGAUCGCGUUAAAACAACAAAUUGAGGUUAUCUCGAAGCGCGAAACAGAAGUUCAGGACAAAGUCAAUGAUUAUGAGAAGGAAAUUGCAGUUUUGAAGCAUCAAUGCCGCGAAGCCCAACGUAAAGCCGACAUUGAACUCGAUAUUCGGCGAAAAACGGAAAAUUUGCUGCAAGACACGAAAAAACGCUUGGAUGACGAGCAAAAUAAACGAACGCGCGAAAUGAACAACAAUCAACAACACAACGAUAAAAUCAACGUGCUUGAACGACAACUCACAGAUAUUCAGGAAAAAUUCAAAAAUGAGACCCAAAACAGUCAAAAAUACAAAAAACAAAUUGUCGAGCUGAAAUUAAGCACGACCGCGUUGGAACAAAAAUCGAAUGAGCUUCAGGCGAUUUUGGCGGGACUUCAAACGCAACGCGACAUGCUCCAGCAGGAAGUUACCGACUUGCAAACGCGUUUGGCGCAGGAAAAAACGCUCCGGGCCCAAGCGCAAGAACUGCAAAGUGAGCUGGAAAGCAAAAUUCACACCUUGAACAACGACCUUGAUCGAAAUUUGAACCGCGAAAAAGUCACAAUCGAGGAAAAUCGCAAUUUAAAUGAGAAAAUCUCGUAUUUGGAGAAGGAAAAUGCCACGAUUCAGCUGGAAUUGAAAGCCGUGCAGAACAGAUAUCAUCAGGAGAUCAAAUCCAAUCAGGAAAAUGAAAAAUCCCGAAGUGUCAGUAAAGAUGACGUUGAUAUCAUGGAACUGAAGGACCUGCAAAAUAAGUUAAGUGAGGAAAAAAUGGCACGUCAAAAGUCCGAUCAGAAUUUCCAAGAGAAGGAACGUCAAAUUUCGAUGCUUUCCGUGGAUUAUCGUCAAAUUCAGCAACGUCUGCAAAAGCUGGAGGGCGAAUAUCGGCAGGAAACGGAAAAAGUGCUCGCUCUUUAUAGUCAACUGGAGCAAGAACAGACAAAAAAAUCAACUUUACUCUCGGAAUUGAGUCUCCAAAGCUCCGAAGUCGCCCAUUUGAAGGCCCGCGAAGUCCAAUUAGUGAAAGAAGUCACGCAAUUACGCGAAAUUAAGCGGAAAUUCGAAGAGGAAACGACCAAACUCAAAAAUGCGCACAACGCUGACAUCAUUCAGCUGAAAGAACUCCAAGAUCAACUCGAAGCCGAGCAAUAUUUUUCGCGCCUUUACAAAACCCAAAGCGGCGAAUUGCGCGAAGACAUGGAAGAAAAACAACGAACCAUCACCGAGCUCGAGGAAGAACGAACUUCGCUGCUGCACCAACUGCAACUUGCCAUCGCGCGUGCCGAUUCCGAAGCCCUGGCACGCUCCAUUGCCGAAGAAACUGUCACGGAUUUGGAAAAGGAAAAAACCAUGAAGGAGCUCGAACUGAAGGAUCUCGUCACGAAACAUCGCAACGAAAUUUCCGCCAAGGAACAGGCGAUUUCGACGACGAAAGAUGCCGAGGCUGAACUAAAUAAAAAACUCAACGCGCGAAUUGCGGAACUCGAAGAUGCGCUUCAGCAAAAUAAAAAGUUGCAAGACGAAGUGAAAAAGCAUAAAUUCGAUCAGGAGGAGCAUGAUAAGCUGAAGAAGCAGUUGAAGACGGAGAUUUUGUUGAAACAAACCGCGGUGAAUAAGUUGGCGGAAAUUAUGAAUCGCAAGGAGAAUUUCGCGACGAAUAAUAAGAAGCAGAAGGGCAGUACGUCGGCAGAUUUGAGGAAGAAGGAGAAGGAAAGUCGACGAUUGCAGCUGGAGUUGACGCAGGAACGGGAUAAAUAUAAUCAGUUGUUGUUGCGGUAUCAGGAUGCGCAGAAUUUGUUGCAGGAGGAAGCGCAGAGCAAAAUGAAACUCCAGAUGGAAGUUGACUGCAAAGCAACAGAAAUCGAGCAUCUCCAACUGAAACUCAACGAAGCCGUCUUCCUUUCAUCGAAGGAAAGUGACUCGAUCGAAGACAACGUUGACUUUGUUUUCGAAGGAUGGCUCAGUAUCCCCAACAAGCAGAAUAUCCGAAGGCACGGAUGGAAAAAGCAAUUUGUCGUUGUCUCCUCCAAACGAAUUAUUUUCUACAACAACGAAGCUGACAAGCAAAAUACGAGUGAUCCAGCGUUGAUAAUUGAUUUGAGCAAAGUGUUCCACGUGAGAUCCGUUACACAGGGAGAUGUGAUACGUGCAGAUGCCAAAGAAAUUCCAAGAAUAUUCCAACUUUUGUAUGCAGGCGAGGGAGAAGCACGUCGCCCCGAUGAGCAAAAUAACGAGGGCAACAAGGAUGAUCGUCCUGGCACGUUACUUUUUAAAGGGCACGAGUUACUUCAAAUCAAUUAUCACAUGCCAACCAAUUGUGAGAUCUGUGCAAAGCCUUUGUGGCAUAUGUUGCGACCGCCGCCAGCGUAUGAAUGUAAAAGUUGUCGCAUCAAAAUCCACAAGGAGCACAUUGACAGCAACGAAGCAAAUACCUCAAUGGCGCCCUGCAAGCUGCAUCACGACCCAAAUUCGGCGCGUGAGAUGCUCCUACUCGCCCAGAGUAACGAGGAUCAGGGUCGUUGGGUAACGCGUCUCUCGAAACGCAUCCAAAAGUGCGGCUACAAAGCCAAUUCCAUGAAUUCAAGCAAUUCAACCGGCAGCGGGGACAGUUCCAGCAACAAUAGUACUAAAAUUUCGCCACGAUAAACACUUUUUUUUGUUAGUUUUUUGCAUUUUUUUUCGUUAGUUUGACUUUUUUUUUGGAAGAAAACAUUUUUGCUCACACACAGUGCACAAUCACAAAACAUUUCCAUUUUUCGACUUUCCAAUAUUUUUAGCGUAAAAUUACACAAGAAGGGAAAAAAAGCAUUUCAACCGUCAUUCACUCAAGUAUUAAAAAAAAUUAAUCAAUGUCGUAAAAAAAAUAUUUAAUCGUUAUUAUUAUAUAGAGAAAAAAAAGAGAAAAAUCUUACCUUAGUAGACUGGAAACAUGCGCCUUGUAAUGUUUGAUACAUUUUUUUUAUAAAGAUAUAUAUAAAUAUUAUUAUUAAAUUUUUUAAAAAUAUAAAAAAAAAAUUCAUGCGAGUUUAUGAAUUUGAAUAUCAUCAAGCAACGCUCAGCAUAUCGAGAGUAAAUAAAGCUGUUUUAGCAUUUUAGAUACCUAAAAGCAAAAAAAAGGAAAAAAACGCGCCUGAAAAUAAGUUUCUUCAUUAUUUUAUUUUUAUUAUUAUAUUAUAUAUUAUUAUUAUCUUUAUAAUUUUCCUAAAUGUGUAAGUCUUAUCAUGUAAAAGUUUAACAAAACAAAAAAAAAUAUAUAAAAAUAAUAAAAAUGUUUAAA